AUGACACUGAUGGUAUUUUGGAGCCGGUCGACGUCGCGCAAAAGCCCAGACCGCACAGCAGACCGUCGCUCCAUCACGCUGUUGAGAUUGAGCACCAAGGAGUCUCGCAGAAACGUCAAAUCCCCACUCUCUGUAGGUGGUGUCUUCCAGAGAGCCGAAAAAGUCACCAAUGUAGUUGGAUGGAGCGUAGACGGUUCCGUUCUCGUACAAGUCCCAGUUGUAAAGAACGUCCUCAAUGAAUGGCUUACCGGCAACAACCAAGUUCUCGACAGCGACUUUGCUUCCACCUUGGCUGACCUCGGUGAAGAAGUAAACGGUCUCAUUGGCGUAGAAGUCGGCGUAGGUGAAAUCGGAAGCAGAUCUCAUCACAACGAUUCUGCUAAAGUCAACCAAGCCGUAUUGGGCAGCUCUCAUCAGAGCCUCCAAAGUGGCAUUGUCCUCCUGCUGGGUAGUGCAGUAGGUUCCGGUUCCGUUGGUCAACAAGUCGGUGUAGUUGGCAAACGCCUCGUCAAAGUCCUUUCCGAACCAGUAGUUGUCGGAAGUCAGGGUAUCACAUGCAAUGGCAGCUGGGGUUCUGUUAGCUGGAGCGUAAUCGUACUUGAUUCUGAACUCCUCGUUGGCCUUAGUUCCGUUCAACAGGUCGACGGAUUGAGCCAAUUCCAAAGCUCUAUCUCUGAGAUUCUCGUUGACCUCGAAAACUUCGGUUCCGUAGAUCUCGGUUGGGUAUUGGGUGGAGUUGGUGGUUCCGUAGCUGAAGUAGCCGGUGGACCAGUUGGAAGGCAUUUCCCGGGCGUCGACUUCGUACUCCAAAAUCUGGACAGCGAACCGAGCAAAGGUCACGUCACCAAGAGUUCCUUCCAGAGGAGAAAUACCUGCAAUUCCGGCAAUCAGGAAGUAGGUGUCGGUCAAGUCGAAGGUUGGGUUCAAACUCAAAGCAGUAAUGGUGGUUGCGGCAUUGAUUUCACCUUCUCCGGUGAUAACCUCACAAAGAGAGUAAUUGUGGUUGCAAUGGAUCUCAGGAUAGAUUGGAGAAAGACCAGGAAUGGAGACAUUGUGAACGAGCUUGAACUCCUCCAAGAAUGGCUCGGCCUCGUAGCUGAACAUGUUGAUGAUGAAAACCUGGGGCUUGUAAAUUUCGAGCUCCUCAUAGACGGUUUCGUUAAGACCGGCGGUCUUCACUGGGUAAAAAGAGGUGGCGGAAGCAGAGGCUGA